AUGUCGUACGCUAAAUUCAACUUUUCAUUUUAUGUCACAUGUUGUUGCUUAUUUUUGAGUCUUGUGAAUGCAAGUACUCAGACAUCAUCAGAAAAUACUUUCGCGGAACAACUUACCGAAGAAAAUUGGGAUCAUAUGCUGAUCGGAGAAUGGAUGGUGGAAUUUUAUGCUCCAUGGUGUCCUGCUUGUAAAGCACUUGAACCAAUUUGGGAACAUCUUGCUUCACAAAAGAAGAAUCUAAAUAUCAAUGUGGGAAAAGUUGAUGUGACUGAUUCUCCAGGACUUAGUGGACGAUUUAUGGUUACAGCUUUGCCAACAAUAUAUCAUGUUAAAGAUGGUAUAUUUAGGCAAUAUAAAAGUCCUAGAGAUAAAGAUUCAUUAAUGGAAUUUGUAUCUGAGAAAACUUGGGAAAAAAUUGAGCCAAUUCCUGGUUGGAAGAGCCCAACUUCCAUUCAGAUGUCUGUUAUUAGUCAGUUUUUUAAAAUGUCACAAGUAUUAAGGGGCAUACAUAAUAGACUUAUGGAAGAUUUUGAAUUACCUACAUGGGGAAGUUACUUGAUCUUUGCAAUUAGUACUAUUGUUUUAGGUGCAAUAAUAGGAUUGUUUGUUGCUUGCUUGAUCGAUUUUAUAUAUCCACCAAAACCUGUGAUGCCUCAAGAUAAAAAAAAACAAGAAGAAGGAUUAGGUAGCUUUAUGCAAGAAAAGAGUAUACAGGAUGAGGAAAUUGUUGAAAAUGUUAAGGAUGAUUUAGUAGAUGAAGAAUCUGAACAAGAGGGAUCUGAGACAGAAGAAAAGGAAAAAGAUGCAGACAAAGAUUCGAAAACUGAACCAAGCAGUCCAAAUGUUCGCAAACGUAAGCCACAACAAAUCGAAAUCGGGACUACACGCCUCUGCCCAGAAAUAAGAGAGACGCGUAUUCUAUUUAACCUCGAAAAUAGACGGGUGACCACGUUUUGUACGACAACAAUCAUGGUUAAAAAUAUGAAGAAACGUUCAGCCAGUGAAGAUAAAGGAGUUGAAAAAAUAGGAGUAUCAGGAAAUUUGAAUAAAGUAUUAAAGAAAAAGAAAACAGAAAAUGGGGCUGCACAAAAUGGUCAAGGAAAGAAAGUAAUUAAAGCGAUCAAACCUAAGAAAGACGAUGUAGUUGUUCAAAAUUCUAAUAAUAAGAAAGAAACAAAUGUAACUAGUCCAGGAAAAAAUAAAAAGAAAGUAUUAAGUAAAGAGAAAGAAUUGGCGCUAUUGCAAAAGAGGCAACAAUAUCGUGAGAAACGUAAAGAAAAUAAGCUAGGAAAAUAUGGAGUACUGGGUGAUUUAUCUGUUGAAGAUAUAAAAAAGAACAUACAAAAAAUACAAAAACGAACAGAGCUUUCAAAGACUGCUAAGAGAAAAUUAGCAGCACUCAAAAAGAAAUUAAGGGUAGAAGAAGGAACAGAUGAGCCAAAGGAAGUUACAAAAAAACAAACACAGAAAGCAAAAAAUGUGAAAUUAUCAGAACCCAUGAAGAAAAAGGAAGUCCAAAAUAAUGAACAGAAAAAAAAAUUACAAGGAAAGUUGGAAUCUAAAUUAAGUAAAGAGGAAAAAAAGAAAGGCAACAAACAAGGUAGUAUACUACUUUUAAAGCAGAAGAAGGAAGAAGGUGAGGAAGAUGAGGAAGAUGAGGAAGAUGAGGAAGAUGUUGAGAUGGAUGUUGAAUCAAGUGAAGAUGAAAAUGAGAGUGGCGUAGAAGAAGAAGAAGAAGAUGAGGAUGAGGAUGACGAUGACGAUGAUGAUGAGGAGGAUGAGGAUGAAGAUGAUGACGAUGAUGAUGACGAUGACGAUGAUGAAGAGGAAGAAGAGAAAGAA